ACCUGAAGGACUGCGUAAAGACGAUCACUGUGAUUGGUUGAAACAGCUCGAGACAAGCGCGUCUGUGGGGUCACGUGAUGUUUCCGGACGUGUCGGACCGUUCAUUGGUGAUUUCCUCUGCAUCGUCAUGGCUGCAGCAUCUCUAACGGUUUAACACCGUGUCCGUGUGGAGCGGCACAGCGGGCCGACAUGUCCGCGAGGAACAGAAAGUGAAGGCGCGAACGUUCUUCGUUAACCGUCGCUCCGCUGCAUCCUCUCUCCUCCUCCCGGGUAUCUCUGCUCUGUUUGCCGCUAUGGGCUGCUCUCUUCUCCCGCUGUUCGUCGUCGUUCUCUCAGCCUGCUCGGCUGGAGGAGACCCGUCAGGGUCGACGGAUGUCGACGGAGCUCCGCCGUCGAAAAUAGCGGUGGUCGGGGCAGGAAUAGGAGGCAGUGCUACAGCCCAUUUCCUCCGGCAGCACUUUGGCCCUGAGGUCCAGGUGGAUGUGUAUGAGAAGGGGGAGGUCGGAGGCCGCCUUGCCACUGUGACUGUCAAUCACAAUGACUACGAGUCUGGAGGAUCCAUCAUUCACUCCCUCAAUCUCCACAUGCAGGAGUUUGUCAAACAGCUAGGUUUAAAGUAUCGCCGUAGCAUGGCGGGUAAGACAGCUGUGUUUAACGGCGAGGAGGUCAUUCUGGAGGAGACAGACUGGUACCUGCUGGACCUGUUCCGGCUGUGGUGGCGCUACGGUAUCAGCUUCAUGCGCCUGCAGAUGUGGGUGGAGGAAAUCAUGGAGAAAUUCAUGAGGAUCUACAAGUACCAAGCUCAUGGAUACGCCUUCAGCUCAGUAGAAGAACUUCUGGACUCACUUGGUGGGAGUGGCUUCAUCAACAUGACCCGAAGGCCACUCUCAGAUUCGCUGCUGGAGCUGGGUGUGUCCCAGCGCUUCAUCGACGAGGUCAUCGCGCCUGUGAUGAGGGUCAACUAUGGACAGAACGUCAGCAUCCCUGCCUUUGUAGGCGCUGUGUCUUUAGCUGGUGCCCAGAACAACCUGUGGGCAGUGGAAGGAGGCAACAAGCUGGUGUGUUCUGGCCUGCUCAAGAUGGCUAAUGCUAACCUGCUGCAAGCACAAGUUAGCUCCAUCUCCCCAGUCUACUCAGGUACUCCACCCCGAUGUUAGCUGAGUGGAAUCAUG